GUACCCGAAAACCGCAAGACCAAAGCCAGAAAACAAAUCCACGUCUCCACGUCUCGAAGGCAGACAUAAAUCAAGACGUGCCAUGUGCACGUGAAGAAGAAGAGGGGGUGGAGAAAACAUAAAAAGCAUUCAUCUCUGAAUUAGGCGCAACAACAACAACAAAACAUGAAUGUUAACAUGUCCACCGGUAGCGGCCUUGUUGACUUGCCCAGCGACCUGCUCCGUCGGGUGGCCUGCUUCCUGGACAGGGACAACCUCGGCAGCUUGUCCUUGACGUCCCCCACGGUCAAUCAGCACCUAAGCAUUGGCAGCAUCAACCAUCCUGAUCAUUCUAUUUAUGGUGUCGGUGGUUUCUUUACUUUUAACGAUCGUUUCGAGGAUGGGUGGGGGUACGCGGCCAAAUUGCAGGGUGCCACCACCUUUGCCAACCGACCCAUCCAUUCCGUCCAGGUGUCCUUCCGCUGGAAGGAUCAAGGAUGGGGCAACCAGAAGGGAAUGGUGCGUGUUGUGGCGGUGAAUGCCAAUAACAAUCGCCAAGUGAGCUGCACUGGAAUUGCACCCCACGAAGAGGCAGCACAAAAGUCCAUGUGUUUCGUGCCCGUCGCUGGGACGGAAUACUUCUUGCAGGUGCGGGUGGGCCAUGGUGGUGGACAUUCGCUGCAUCUAAAGAAUAUUCAGCUUCAGUAUAUCAUUUUCGACGACGAGGAACGCAGCAUCUCCCGAACCCAUCGGCAUCUGCUUGGAGGAUGCGAUACAACAGUUCCUUUCGGUGUUCCAUCGCUCCUUCGCCAGUGCGGAGUGGCACUGGCAGAGCUACAGGGCACACCCCAAAACAAUCACCAAAAGGAAUGUCAAGAAGCAGUAUCAUGGUUCUACUCCGUUCUGAAGCGUAUGGGGGGCAAAAAGACACCUGAAGCUGUUACGUUGCUCCGAGAGGUCCUCUUGGCCGAGUCCAAGCACCAAGAGCAACUUCAAGCCACAUCUUGGACGAUUGGUAUUGGGUCGACUGAGUCAAUGCCUAUCACCGCAUAUCAUCCUCGAGGCUUUGGCUUUGGCGGUGGCGGCGGAUGGGGCGAUGAAGAUGACGACGAAGACGACGAAUCGGACGAUGACGAAUCGGACGGAAUGUUGUUCGAUGACGACACAUUUGACGUAGAUAGACGACCCUUUGACUGUGCAGAACAGUUAUUAUAGAACAUAUCAUUUAUUCUCG